GACGGUUCCUUGCUUUCCGUCCUUUGCCCUCUUUUACAGGUCAGCAGGUCUGAGCAAGAGUUGCCCACUUAGCGACUUUUCAGACCCAUUUAGUGACUUUUCAGACCCAUCUAUGGACAAAUGGACUAUUUUGCAAAUUUGACGAUGGCGUAAUUUCGCGACUUCUAGCGAUUUUAAAGACAGCCAAUAGCUUCUUUCUUUACUGAGGAGUCGGCAACACUGCUCUCAGACAGCAUGUCGUCCUGCCAAGCCGGACGGACCAAAGUCCCCGCUACUCUUUUGGGGUCGAAUGCAUUCGGGGUGCGCGCUGAAGCGGACGUGAGCGGCAGAAUGGUCCAGGCGUUUCUGGAGCGCGGUCAUCAUGAGCUGGACACUGCCUUCAUGUACGCAGACGGACGGUCAGAGACAAUAAUAGGAGGCAUGCAACUUCCCAAGACAGUUAGAAUUGCCACCAAAGCGAACCCUUGGGAAGGCAAGACACUGAAGCCAGAAAGUGUGCGCUCUCAGCUAGAAACCUCUCUGAAGAGGCAUCAGACCCAGAGCGUGGACAUCUUUUACCUGCACGCUCCUGACCAUGAGAACCCUGUUCAAGAUACACUCCAGGCCUGCAAUGAGCUCCACAAAGAGGGAAAGUUCAAGGAACUGGGUUUAUCCAACUAUGCCUCCUGGGAAGUGGCUGAAAUCUACUCCAUCUGCAAACAUAGCAACUGGGUGCUUCCCACAGUCUAUCAGGGCAUGUACAAUGCCACCACACGACAAGUGGAGACAGAACUCAUUCCAUGCUUGCGACACUUCGGCAUCCGUUUUUACGCGUACAAUCCGCUCGCAGGAGGUCUGCUCACUGGGAAGCAUAAUUAUGAGGUCAAAGAUGGGAAUCAAGUUGAAGGACGCUUCUUUGGAACUCAUUGGGCUGCAGUAUACAGAGACAGGUACUGGAAGGAAAGCCAUUUCCAUGCCAUAGAUUACAUUCUCAAGGCUCUUGAAGCAGCUUAUGGUUCACAGAAGCCAACGCUAGCAUCAGCCGCCAUACGUUGGAUGUAUCACCACUCUCAGCUGAAGGGUGAUCUUGGAGAUGGGGUCCUCAUUGGAAUGUCCACCAUGGAGCAGCUUCAGGAGAACUUGGCAGCAGUUGAAGGCGGCCCUCUGAAGCAGGAGGUCGUGGAAGCAUUCAAGCAUGGCUGGGACCUGGUGGCCCACGAGUGCCCCAACUACUUCCGUUAGACACUGACUAUAAUUAAUGAUUUAACUUCUACAAUCAUUUUAUUUUUCCAAAAGAUCUCAUGGAAAGUUUAGUAAAUUUAUAGAAAUGAAUGCAGAAAAUAAUAUACAUACAUGUAUUUAAUACUUAAAUUUGACAGCGGUAAACCCCAAAACACACUCCUACCCAAAUACCUUAGGCUUAGAAAUCUUUGUGGAUCAGCUUUUAUCUUGUAUCACUAUGUGAAGAUUUUUUUGUAAAGGUUAUCUAUCAUCUGUAAUAAAUGCAAAUGGUAAACUGG